AUGGCCAUACUGAAGUGACCCAUCACUCUGAGCUUUGCUUAUGAUAAAUUUUAUCAUCAUUAUUCUCUUCAUUUUGGAUCGAGAAAAUGAAUCCAGACAUAGAAGAAAGUACAAGAUGUUGGGGAAAAGUACCUGUUAAACAGUGAAGCAUCUAACAACUCAUUUGCAAGAAGAUUUAAGGAAUUAAAUUUGUUAUGCUUCGAUAUUGGUAUGAUAUUGACUCUCUAGCUCAUAGGUAGCCCUCCAAAAUAUCAUUCAGUUUUCCAAAUUAUGGAAAUUUCGUGGAAAACGUUGACUUGGAUUUUGAGCCUCAUCAUGGCUUCUUCGGAAUUUUAUAGUGACCACAGACUUUCAUACAGUUCUCAAGAGGAAUUCCUGACUUACCUUGAACACUACCAGCUAACUAUUCCAAUAAGAGUUGAUCAAAAUGGAGCUUUUCUCAGCUUUACUGUGAAAGAUGAUAAGCACUCAAGGAGGAGACGAAGUAUGGACCUUAUUGAGCCACAGCAGGCAGUGUCUAAAUUAUUUUUUAAACUUUCAGCCUAUGGCAAGCACUUUCACCUAAACUUGACUCUCAAUACAAAUUUUGUGUCUAAACAUUUUACAGUAGAAUACUGGGGGAAAGAUGGACCCCAGUGGAAACAUGAUUUCUUAGACAACUGUCACUACACAGGAUACUUGCAAGAUCAACGCAGCACAACUAAAGUGGCCUUAAGCAACUGUGUUGGAUUGCAUGGUAUUAUUGCUACAGAAGAUGAAGAAUAUUUUAUUGAGCCUCUAAAGAAUACCACAGAGGAUUCCAAACAUUUUAGUUAUGAAAAUGGCCAUCCUCAUGUUAUUUACAAAAAGUCUACACUCCAGCAACGGCAUAUCUAUGAUCAUUCUCAUUGUGGGGUUUCAGAUCUCACCAGAAAUGGCAAGCCUUGGUGGCUGAAUAAGACGUCUUCUGCUUUUCCCUCUUUACUACCAAUUAAUGACACACAUAUUCACGGCAGACAGAGAAGAUCUGUGAGCACUGAGAGAUUCGUGGAGACCCUGGUAGUGGCCGACAAAAUGAUGGUGGGCUACCAUGGCCGUAAAGACAUUGAACAUUAUAUUUUGAGUGUGAUGAAUAUUGUUGCCAAACUUUACCGUGACUCCAGUCUAGGAAACGUUGUGAAUAUUAUAGUGGCUCGCUUAAUUGUUCUCACAGAAGAUCAGCCAAACUUGGAGAUAAACCAUCAUGCAGACAAGUCCCUCGAUAGCUUCUGUAAGUGGCAGAAAUCCAUUCUCUCCCACCAAAGUGAUGGAAACACCAUUCCAGAAAAUGGGAUUGCCCACCACGAUAAUGCAGUUCUUAUUACUAGAUAUGAUAUCUGCACUUAUAAAAAUAAGCCCUGUGGAACAUUGGGCUUAGCCUCCGUGGCUGGAAUGUGUGAGCCCGAAAGGAGCUGCAGCAUUAAUGAAGACAUUGGCCUGGGUUCAGCUUUUACCAUUGCACAUGAGAUUGGUCACAAUUUUGGUAUGAACCAUGAUGGAAUUGGAAAUUCUUGUGGGACGAAAGGUCAUGAAGCAGCAAAACUUAUGGCAGCUCAUAUUACUGCAAACACCAACCCCUUUUCCUGGUCUGCCUGCAGCCGAGACUAUAUCACCAGCUUUCUAGAUUCAGGCCGUGGUACUUGCCUUGAUAAUGAGCCUCCCAAGCGUGACUUUCUUUAUCCAGCUGUGGCCCCAGGUCAGGUGUAUGAUGCUGAUGAGCAAUGUCGUUUCCAGUAUGGAGCAACAUCCCGCCAAUGCAAAUACGGGGAAGUGUGUAGAGAGCUCUGGUGUCUUAGCAAAAGCAACCGCUGUGUCACCAACAGUAUUCCAGCCGCGGAGGGGACAUUGUGUCAGACUGGGAACAUUGAAAAGGGGUGGUGUUAUCAGGGAGACUGUGUUCCUUUUGGCACUUGGCCUCAGAGCAUAGAUGGGGGCUGGGGUUCCUGGUCGCUAUGGGGAGAGUGCAGCAGGACCUGCGGGGGAGGCGUCUCUUCAUCCCUAAGACACUGUGACAGUCCAGCACCUUCAGGAGGUGGAAAAUAUUGCCUUGGAGAAAGGAAACGAUAUCGCUCUUGCAACACAGAGCCAUGCCCUUUGGGUUCCCGAGAUUUUCGAGAAAAACAGUGUGCAGACUUUGACAAUAUGCCUUUCCGGGGAAAGCAUUAUAACUGGAAACCCUAUACUGGAGGUGGGGUAAAACCUUGCGCUUUAAACUGCCUGGCUGAAGGUUACAAUUUCUACACUGAGCGGGCCCCUGCAGUCAUAGAUGGAACCCAGUGCAAUGCUGACUCCCUGGAUAUCUGUAUCAAUGGAGAAUGCAAGCAUGUAGGUUGUGAUAAUAUUUUGGGAUCUGAUGCUAGGGAAGAUAGGUGCCGAGUCUGUGGUGGGGACGGAAGCACCUGUGAUGCCAUUGAAGGCUUCUUCAAUGACUCAUUGCCCAGAGGAGGUUAUAUGGAAGUGGUGCAGAUACCAAGAGGUUCUGUUCAUAUUGAAGUACGAGAAGUUUCCAUGUCAAAAAAUUACAUUGCUUUAAAAUCUGAAGGGGAUGAUUACUAUAUUAACGGUGCCUGGACUAUUGACUGGCCUAGGAAAUUCGAUGUUUCUGGGACAGCUUUCCACUACAAGAGACCAACAGAUGAACCAGAAUCCUUGGAAGCCCUAGGACCCACCUCUGAAAACCUCAUUGUAAUGGUUCUACUCCAAGAACAGAAUUUGGGAAUUAGGUACAAGUUCAACGUUCCCAUCGCUCGUCCUGGCAGUGGAGAUAAUGAAGUUGGCUUUCUGUGGCAUCAUCAGCCCUGGUCAGAAUGCUCAGCUACCUGUGCUGGAGGUGCCCAAAGACAAGAAGUGGUCUGUAAAAGACUGGAUGACAACUCCAUCGUCCAGAACAAUUUCUGUGACCCUGACAGUAAGCCACCUGAAAAUCAAAGAGCCUGCAACACUGAGCCCUGUCCACCUGAAUGGUUCAUUGGAGACUGGCUGGAGUGCAGCAAGACUUGCGAUGGGGGGAUGCGCACGAGGGCCGUGCUCUGCAUCCGGAGGAUCGGACCAUCUGAGGAGGAGACGCUGGACUACAGGGAUUGUUUAACACACCGGCCUGUGGAGAAAGAGUCCUGCAACAACCAGUCAUGUCCACCUCAGUGGGUAGCUUUGGACUGGUCUGAAUGUACUCCGAAAUGUGGUCCAGGAUUCAAGCAUCGGAUUGUUCUGUGCAAGAGCAGUGACCUUUCUAAAACAUUCCCAGCUGCACAGUGUCCAGAGGAGAGCAAGCCUCCUGCUCGCAUCCGCUGUAGUCUGGGCCGCUGCCCUCCUCCACGCUGGGUGACAGGAGACUGGGGCCAGUGCUCUGCUCAGUGUGGCCUUGGACAGCAAAUGCGAACUGUCCAGUGUCUCUCCUAUACUGGACAGGCAUCUGUUGACUGUCCGGAAACUGUGCGGCCUCCGUCCAUGCAGCAGUGUGAAAGCAAAUGUGAUAGUACUCCUAUCUCCAGUACUGAAGAGUGCAAAGAUGUGAACAAAGUGGCAUAUUGCCCACUGGUGCUGAAGUUCAAGUUCUGCAGUCGAGCAUACUUCAGACAGAUGUGCUGUAAGACCUGCCAAGGACAUUGACCCACAGAAAGCUAGCGAGUCCUGUCACUUCGUCGUGGAAACGCGUCCAUCAAAGAGAGCCACCCAGAGGAUGAGGAGCGAUGUCCUUACAAAAGCAUUACCCUGUGGAAAAUGUAACCACUGGUCAGCCCCAGCUGACAGGAUUUCAAUAUUAUUUUAACUUCUGUGAAGUGGGAUUUAUUGAUCCAAAGUGCUGGACACGGUAUUAGGAGGGAAUGCCAGAUUUGAGAGAUCCAAACAACGCAGGGAGACUCUCUUACUGUGGAACGUUUGUGUUCUUUCGAGUAAAUCUAAUAGCCUGUUUACCUCCUUGGACCAUUAAGAUAAUUUUUAUUAUGGCCUUAGCAAUGACACUGAAUCCAUUUGUAUUUAAGACUGUUUAAAAUGUAGUUAUUAUGACUUGGUCAACAAUGGAAGUAGAGGAGAUUCAGAAUUCUGAAGUCAUAGCUUAAAAUAUUUCCUAUACUUUAUCUCACCACAGUAGCAGCACAAUUUAAAUUAUAAAAUGGGCUUGGAACUGUAAUUUAAGAAACAGUUAUAAAUCAAAAGUAAUGAAAGUUUGUAUUAUUUUUCUUUAUCACACUUGAUUUCCUUAGGACUAACCCCCUGUUCUGAACACUGCUGUGAGCCAUGUAUAAAGCUCUAUUAAACUGAACAGCGAGGGACUUGGGUUGAAGCCGUGCGGCCAUCCAUUGCAGCUGUGCGAGUCUAUAAAUUCAGUGCUAAGAGACUGUGGCCAACUUGCCAUUGUGCGAGUGAAGCUGAGAUUUCCAUUAAAACUUUAAGAGAAAACCAUUUCCAUUUCAUGCCGAAGCCAGACCUAGGGUAUGGCAGAGACUGAAGUACCAGGCCCGUCGCAGCCAUCCCACAGGAUGCCUUACUUCUUGUUUGAGUCACCGAACUCCUUAGUGUUUACAUCCCUACCAGCCACAGAUCAGCUCUGCCCGGUUGGACUGUUGCACGCAUGCUAAGCUUAUGGAGAUGAUGCCAUGCAAAAGACAGGCUGGCUUAGGAAAGCCAAGCGGGCCCUUUUGCAAUUUGCUGGCAAUACGAUGGGUUCCAGAUGUCCCUUCUUUGAUAUGGUAGAAGGGCAUUUAUUUAUAUGAGAGCAAGUGUGUACGUGUGUGUGUGUGUGUGUGUGUGUGUGUGUGUGUGUG